AUGCGUGUUUUUUAUUGGAACGCUCAAGGCUUGGCUAAAGAUGGUGCAAGAGCCAAGUUGCAUGAGCUUUCUUUCUUGCACAAAGCUGACAUAAUUUGCAUUGCAGAGCCGCAUAUUUUCUGCAAUGUACGUUUUGUUAGGUCGCUUAAACUGGUUGAUUUUUGUGAAGAUGUUAUUACAAACGAGGUUGAUGGAGAAAAAGGUAAUAUUUUUAUUUUAUGGAGGAAUACUCUAUUGAGGCCUGAUAUUUUAUCUACUUCAAAGCAAGCAAUUACUGUGAAUUUUGUGGGGGAUUUCAUUACGGCAGUUCAUGCUUCUUAUAAUCCGGUGGUAAGAAAGAGACUUUGGCGUCAAUUGGGUUUAGGUUUCAUAUCUAUUCCUUGGUUGGUGUUGGGAGAUUUUAAUUGCGUUUUACGCUUGGAGGAAAAGAAGGGUGGAAGGCCGAUCAAAGAGGUUUAUAUGAAUGAGUUUCGUAGCUGGAUUUCUGACAAUGGUUUGGUUGAGGUUGAUGCUAUUGGUUUUAUGCAGUUGGUUGAGGAGAACUGGAAUUUGGAUCUUAAUGGUGCUCCCCCCUUUGUUUUUACUUCUAAGCUGAGGAGAUUAAAGGAGGUGUUGAAGAUUUGGAACAAAACUAUUUUUGGAGAUGUGCAAUUUCGCUUGAAGCUGGCUGAAUUGAAACUUGAAACUGAGAAUGAUCUUCUUGAUUAUGAUCCGGCUGAUGAGUUUCAAUUCCUAAAGGUUACGGAUGCCAAAAAGGAUGUUGAUGAUGUGAGAACUGAGUUGGCAAUUAUGCUUAAGAUGAAGUCGAGAGUAACUUGGUUGGAGGAUGGUGACCAACAUACUCGUUUCUUUCAUAAUAGCAUCCGCAUGAGGAGAAGUCAAAAUACCAUCUCAGAGCUUAAGGUUUCUAACGAUACUACUUUGCUUUUGCAGGAUGAGAUAAAGGAUUUCAUUGUUAAUCAUUAUCAGGCCAAGUUCAAUGGUGGUGACGUUCAUAUUGAUCCAGUUUUUUUUUGA